AUGUCUUCCAGGAAGAAGAUACUGCUGAAGGUCAUCAUCCUGGGUGACAGCGGCGUGGGCAAGACGAGCUUGAUGAACCAAUAUGUAAACAAAAAGUUCUCAGCAUCCUACAAAGCAACCAUCGGCGCCGACUUCUUGACGAAAGAGGUGCUGGUUGAUGAUCGACUCGUGACAAUGCAGCUUUGGGAUACCGCAGGCCAGGAGCGCUUCCAAUCCCUCGGCGUGGCUUUCUAUCGGGGCGCGGACUGCUGUGUCCUCGUCUACGAUGUCAACAACUCCAAAUCUUUCGAUACGCUAGACAGCUGGAGGGAUGAGUUCUUGAUACAGGCGAGCCCAAUGGAUCCCGAGAGCUUUCCGUUUGUGGUACUGGGAAACAAGGUGGACGUGGACGAGAGCAAGAGGAUGAUAAGUUCGAAGAGGGCACAGGCGUUCUGUCAGAGCAAGGGAGGGAUACCCUACUUUGAGACGAGCGCGAAGGAGGCGGUGAAUGUUGAGCAGGCUUUCGAAGUCAUCGCUCGAAACGCCCUCGCACAAGAGGAGUCGCAAGACUUCAACCCUGACUUCCCAGAGACGAUCCCUAUCAACAUUGGCGAGGAGAACCAGGGCUGCUCUUGCUAA